UACAAAAGAGACGGCUUUUAUUGAUCGUUGACGUCGAUGAAAAAAUCCCCAACGACUUGGCAGCCACUUUGAAUUAAUCACUUGGCGCGGCAAAAAAGCGUUUUUUGCGCCGGUGAUCAGUGGCAAGAUGUCGCGUGCAGGGUACGUGUUGCGAUUACGAGUCGCUAAUUUGGAGGAUAAAGAUUUUAUCGAAGUCGAUUACGACGAGAGCAAAUUAAAUUACCGCGAUUUGAUCGAGACUUGUUGCCAACACCUCGGCGUUGAUAAAAUCGAUGUUGCGAAAAUACGGAAAUUGCCCGAUGUGACCAUACGGCGGGAUGAAGACGUGCAAAGGUUCAAUCGGCUGGAGCACCUGGAAGUGGUCGUUGUGCCCUCGAGGCUGCAGCCGAGCUAUAAUUACCAACUUUGAUCCGUUUCUUGGAAAUUCAAAUUGUUUAAUUAACAAAUAAAGUUUGUCUUGUCGGA